GCAGGCUCAGAUCCAGGGCCAGUUGAAAGGAGCGUCGGAUUCUCGACCUAGUAUCUUAUACAUUAUCUGUGAAGGUUAUCCAAACCCACAAAAAAUUGGUUACUGAAGAUGCCAGUGGUCAGAGCACUGAAUAAGGUGGUCAGGCAAGCUCUCCAGGUGCCCGGGUGUGGGUGCCAGCCUUUGGCGGUGGCAGUGCGCAACAUCAGCUUUUCUCCGCGGCAGGUCACCUCAGGCUCCGAUGCCAGCUUUCACUCUGUGUCCUUUUCUGAGACGGAUCAUCCCAAAGUCCUUAUCACAGGUGGCCUUGGACAGCUCGGAGUGGGGCUUGCCAAGCUUUUGAGAAAGCGGUUUGGCAAAAACAACGUUAUCCUGUCAGACAUUAGGAAGCCCCCCAGCAACGUGUUCCACAGUGGCCCCUUUAUCUACUCUGACAUUCUGGACUACAAGAACUUGAGAGAGAUCGUGGUGAACAACCGCAUAACCUGGUUGGUGCAUUACAGCGCCCUGCUCAGCGCCGUAGGAGAAGCCAAUGUACCUCUAGCACGAGCAGUGAACAUAACAGGUCUUCACAACAUCCUGGACAUUGCCGCAGAACACGGCCUGCGUCUGUUCGUGCCCAGCACCAUCGGUGCCUUUGGACCUACCUCACCCCGGAACCCGACCCCUGACCUCUGUAUCCAACGACCUCGAACCAUUUAUGGUGUUUCCAAAGUCCAUGCUGAACUCAUGGGGGAGUACUACCACCAUCGCUACGGCCUGGACUUUCGCUGUCUCCGCUACCCUGGGAUCAUUUCAGCGGAUUCCCAGCCUGGUGGUGGAACAACAGACUACGCCGUGCAGAUCUUUCACGAUGCGGUCAAGACGGGAAAGUUUGAGUGCAACCUGAAACCCGACACACGGCUGCCCAUGAUGUACAUCGAUGACUGCCUGAGAGCCACGCUGGAGGUGAUGGAGGCUCCGGCGGAGACCCUGAGCAUGCGGACCUACAACAUCAACGCCAUGAGCUUCACUCCUGAGGAGCUGGUCCAGGAGGUGCAGAAACAGCUGCCGGAUCUGCAGGUCACCUACGACGUCGACCUCGUGCGACAGGCCAUCGCUGACAGCUGGCCCAUGAACUUCGAUGACUCCAACGCCCGCAGGGACUGGGGCUGGAAACAUGACUACGACCUUCCCGAGCUGGUCCAGACCAUGUUCAACUACAUUGGUUCAGACUCUUGCAUUGCGCGUGCCAACUGAGUCUCCAGUCACAGAGGAAAGAAACUUGUACAUAGUGUAAAAAACGAAUAGCUUUCGAGGAAGGGAGAUCCACGGUCUGUAAAUAGUAUCUCUCUCUCUCUCUCUCUCUCUCUCUCUUCACUCUUCUGUGUUAGUUGGAAGGCCCUGUGUCGAUAGCCAUUAUGCUGCUGCUGUGUCUAUAGAAUGUAAAGGUAGUAGGUUGUAUAACAAUAUCCGUGCGAUUUGUCUGUGUCUGUGGAGCACUGUCCGUCAGGAGAGUGUCUGCAUCGGUAAUCUUCAGACCUUACAGGGAAUCCCCAGUCACAGGAAAGAGAAAUGGGCUGUAGACUGGGGUAUCUGAGCUACUGUGAAAGCGGAGGAGAUGAGAUGAUGUUGCCUGCUGAGCUGGUCAUUACGGCCUGUGAUUCUUCA